AUGCGUGCCGUCAUUCUCGCUUCCGCAAUACCAACAGCGCUAGCUUUGUGGAAUGGAGACGUUUGCAACGGCAACGGCGGCUGCGUAUCCUGGGGAUCUGGUCCAUCAAACCACCCUUGGGUUUGCGCGGAUGGUAGCCGCCUGACUAUGCCUGUUUAUCUUGACAACUGGCAAGAUUCUGGCCUCGCAACCGUUCCAGCUACGACCCAGGAAGAAUUUCCCAAGACUUGCUGGGGUGGGAAUUAUCCUGCCCCUGGUGAGAAGCUGAUGAAAACUACUACAAGUAACGGUCAAACACUAUAUACAUGGCUAUCUUCGAACUGCAAAGAUGGGAAACCAGCAGUACCAGGCGACUGUUAUAACUACAAUCCCAAUCCAUCAGUUGUGAAUUUUUGCGCAUUGUAUGAUUCGAAGGGAGGCGAUUGUAAGACGAACCCGGAUGCAGGAGAGUGUGAACGCUGGGGCGCUACGACUGUACGACCACAGUGCUAUUAUUGGAAGCCAGGCCUUAAGGAUCUUCCU